CUUUGGCUCCAUCCCCUGCCAGCUUCUCCACUCUUCGGACACCUCCCUAUCUCCAGCAUGACCUGUGGCUUCAACUCCAUGGGCUGUGGAUUUGGCCCCAGGAACUUCAGCUGCGCCUCGGCCUGCGGGCCGCGGCCCGGCCGCUGCUGCAUCACGGCCGCCCCCUACCGGGGCGUCUCCUGCUACCGCGGCCUCACCGGGGGCUUCGGCAGCCAGAGCCUCUGUGGGGCCUUCCGCUCCGGAUCCUGCGGCCGCAGCUUCGGAUACCGCUCGGGCGGCGUGUGCGGGCCCAGCCCACCCUGCAUCACCACCGUGUCGGUCAACGAGAGCCUGCUCACGCCCCUCAACCUGGAGAUCGACCCCCAGGCGCAGUGCGUGAAGCACGAGGAGAAAGAGCAGAUCAAGUGUCUCAACAGCAGGUUCGCCGCCUUCAUCGACAAGGUGCGCUUCCUGGAGCAGCAGAACAAGCUGCUGGAGACCAAGUUUCAGUACUACCAGAACCGCAAGUGCUGCGAGAGCAACCUGGAGCCGCUGUUCGAGGGCUACAUCGAGACGCUGAGGCGGGAGGCCGAGUGCGUGGAGGCCGACAGUGGGAGGCUGGCCUCAGAGCUCAACCACGUGCAGGAGGUGAUGGAGGGCUACAAGAAGAAGUAUGAAGAAGAAGUCGCACUUCGGGCCACAGCGGAGAAUGAGUUUGUGGCUUUAAAGAAGGACGUGGACUGCGCCUACCUCCGCAAGUCAGACUUGGAGGCCAACGCGGAGGCCCUGACCGAGGAGAUCGACUUCCUGCGGCGACUGUAUGAGGAGGAGAUCCGCGUCCUCCACGCCCACAUCUCAGACACCUCGGUCGUCGUCAAGAUGGACAACAGCCGGGACCUGAACAUGGACUGCGUCAUUGCCGAGAUCAAGGCUCAGUAUGACGACAUCGCCAGCCGCAGCCGGGCUGAGGCCGAGUCCUGGUACCGCACCAAGUGUGAGGAGAUGAAAGCCACAGUGAUCCGUCACGGGGAGAUGCUGCGCCGCACCAAGGAGGAGAUCAACGAGCUGAACCGCAUGAUCCAGAGGUUGACUGCCGAAGUCGAGAACGCCAAGUGCCAGAACACCAAGCUGGAGGCUGCAGUGACCCAGUCGGAGCAGCAGGGUGAGACAGCCAUCAGCGAUGCCCGCUGCAAGCUGGCUGAGCUGGAGGCCGCCCUGCAGAAGGCCAAGCAGGACAUGGCCUGCCUGCUCAAGGAGUACCAGGAGGUGAUGAACUCCAAGCUGGGCCUGGACAUCGAGAUCGCCACCUACAGGCGCCUGCUGGAGGGCGAGGAGCAGAGGCUGUGUGAAGGUGUUGGAUCUGUGAAUGUCUGUGUCAGCAGCUCCCGGGGCGGAGUCGUCUGUGGGGACCUCUGCGUGUCCGGCUCCCGACCGGUGACGGGCAGCCCCUGCACUGCGCCUUGCAGCGGGAACCUGGCCGUGAGCACCGGCAUGUGCGCACCCUGCUGCCAGCUCAACACCACCUGUGGGGGGGGCUCCUGCGGCCUAGGGAGGUGUUAGGCUGCCCCAAAAGAGAGCCAGAGAAGCCUCUCCCGCCUGCCAAAUGUGUCA